AUGAGUGGAGUCAAAGCAGAGCUUUAUAAACUUGAAACAAUGGUUCACACUGGCAAAUAUGAUGAUGGCUGGGAGAUUGCAGAUGUUAGACUAUCUAUCAAUGAACUAAAAGAGAAGUUCACCAAGAUUGAAAAGUCAAUAAACACCAAGCGCAAUACUCUGGGAGCUGAUGGGCGAUUAAAUCUUGAGCGCCUGCUUGGAAAUAAAUUUCUUCGUCUGCAUGUAAAUGCCUUGGCUUUAAAACAGCAUCUGAGAAAUCGCUUGCAGCAGCGAAAAUUUGAGUUGGACAGCUUAGAGAGAGAUACCGCAAAACUACAACCAAUAGUAAGUAAAAAACUUCAAGAACAUUCAGAGUCUCAGAUAAAGCGCAAGGAACCAGGGAUUCAAAAGCUUGCAAAGAAAUACAACAAUCUCUGCAGUGAACUAGAAAAGAUGAUCAAGGCAAAACAAAGUCCCCGUGGAGCACGUGCACCACAUAAAAUAGCUACUGAAGGUCUUUUCAAACUUGAUGUUGAUGAUGACAUAUGGCAGGAUGUUGGUUUGGAUGAUACAGAUCUGUCAUCUGAAAAUGCAAUUCCACAGUGGCUUGGAAAUGAGGAUGUGCGUAAGGGAAUCAAAGCUUUGCUGGAGUUGGACCGAUGCAAAGAGGAACUGAGAAGACUCUCCUAUGAACGCAGUGCAAUGCAAGAAUGGCUUAUUGAAGAGUGGCAAUGUGUUAUAAAAGGCAUUGAAAAUGAACAAGAUAUCAAUAUCAUUUAUCAACUGGAUUUAAGAGCCAGCUUUCUGGCACAUGUAUGCCUUAUCUGGCAGGAUAAAGUUUGUUUGGUCAUUCCACACAAGUCUAUGGAUUCAUCUUGGGGACCAACAUUAGAUGACCUGGCACAUGUCAGAAAGAUAGAAAUGAUGGAAAUGGUGGCAGACCAGGACAGUAACACAGAAACUGUCAUUGCAGUAAAUGAUGAUGAUGAUGAUGAGGAUGAUGAGGAUGAUGAGGAUGAGGAGGAAGAAGAUGGUGAGGAGCUGGAAUUGUUGGAGGCAGUUGAACUAUUGGCACUGUCAGAUGAGUUUCGUAGUGGCUACAAUAGUUGA